AUGUCUACCAGCAAGAGACUGCCGACGAUUUCCGACUUUCCGUCCAUAUGGACUCUGACCGUCUCUCCUGCUCCGAGCUCGCAACGGCCCACGAACAUCCUCAUUCUCCUCCAUGGUUUGGGCGAUGCUCAUCUUCCGUUUGCCCAGCUUGGCACCCAGAUGAAUCUUCCAGAGACAGCAUGCAUCUCGAUCAAGGCUCCUGAACCUCUUCCCUUCGAAGCAUCUUCUUUCCACUGGGGUGACGACGUUCUCUUCGACAACACCGUCGGCACCAUCGAUCCUGAUGGUGGCUUCAAGAAAGUUGUGCCUCGACUUGUCAAGGAAAUCAUUGAGGACACACUGAUCAAGAAAUGUGGUUGUCAACCUCGCGAGUUGAUGCUCUUUGGAUUUGGUCAGGGUGGUAUGGUAGCUCUGAAUACUGCAGUAAGUAUGGCGAAAGAGCUAGGUGGUGUCAUUAGUGUUGGUGGCGCUUUACCUAGUGAAACUCCUGCCUCAGUUUCUCCCAAGUGCAAGACUCCAGUGCUGGUCUGUUCUGGCAAUGACAGCCCCUGGGUCACUUCAUCAGCUGAAGACAAGCUCAAAGCUGUCUUCGAGUCUGUCCAGCUUAAUCGCUACAAGAGGUCUGGAGAUACAAUGCCUAGAAGUCGCGAUGAGAUGUACCCCAUCAUGCAGUUCUUUGCUAGACGUCUCAAGAGCUCUGCAGGUGUUCCAGAGGGCAGUGUUGAGUUGACAGCUUGA